ACAACAUUCGUGUACGCUACGUGGCCCGUUUGGUCAGCAUACAAGUCCUGCGCACCCCAGCAUUUGACCAAAUCAACGGUACAACACCAAAGAUAUUGAUUAAAUUUUUUUUUUUUUGUAAGUUAUCGAUCUUAUGUUAUUGUGAUGACUAAACUUUUAUUCUAACAUCACCAAUCUGAAGUAAAAUAGGAUGUCAUUCCACAAAAUUUUAUGGGGUGAAAAUGCAAGUUUGUGUAAGGUAGUAACACAAACGGUCCACAUUAGGGAAAUUAGCCCAAUCCAAAAUACGUUUAUAUGGCAAAAUAAUUCAACAUGUCAAUUAAGAUGAUAGUAUAUGUUGCCCAAUCACAAACCAUUGCAACAAUGACAUCGUUUUCUCACUAAUUUAACCAUUUAGAGAGUUUAAAAAUGCUCUCAAACAACGUUUUACCAGGCGCUCUACACUAGAGCUAUAGUGUCUGUGCAGCAGCCGGAACAUUUGACGUCCAUAAUUAUGUUUGAUGUGCCUCCUUGGGGCUUUGAUGUGAGCAGCAGCAGAAGGAAACAGAAUCAGCGUCAUGGACAGACAGACUCAGAGGAUUCAGCUGGUGUCAGCUGAUGGUGGCAUGAUGGGACACCGUAUCCAGAUUGUGACAGACCAGUCCACGGGCCAGAAGAUCCAGAUCGUCACUGCAUUGGAGCAGGGUUCUGGUGGGAAGCAGCAGUUCAUCCUGGCUAAUGCAGACUACUCCACGGCAGGCAAGGUAAUCCUAGCCAAACAAGAGGCCUCGUCCCCGGGCAAGGUGAUCCUGGCGGCCCCAGACGGUUCAGGGGUAAAUCAGCUGCUGUUUGCCUCCCCUGACCUGGCUGGCCAGCAGAUCCAGUUUGUGACGGAAGGGUCAGACCAGGCCCUUUCCAAGCCCGUGGUGGAGUACUGUGUGGUGUGUGGAGACAAGGCCUCAGGUCGUCACUAUGGGGCAGUGAGCUGUGAGGGCUGUAAGGGUUUCUUCAAGCGCAGCAUCAGGAAGAACCUGGUUUAUACAUGCAGGGGGUCCGGAGAGUGUGUCAUCAACAAGCACCACAGGAACCGCUGUCAGUACUGCAGACUUCAGCGCUGCAUGGUCCUGGGCAUGAAACAGGACUCCGUUCAGUGUGAGAGGAAGCCGGUGGAGGUAUCCAGAGAGAAGUCUAUCAAUUGUGCUGCAUCUACGGAGAAGAUCUACAUCAGGAAGAACCUGUGUAGUCCUCUGGCUGCCACGCCCACCUUCGUCACAGACAAGGAAACCGCCAGGUACUACAAGGAGACAGCCAGAUCAACUAGUUUGCUGGAGUCGAGCAUGCUCCUCAACAUCCAGCAGCCAUUCCCCAAGCUGGAGAAUACCAUCCUGCUCCCGACAUCCCCUGAAUCGAAUGACCCAUGUCAGGGUGACCUGAGCACCCUGGCCAACGUGGUGACAUCACUGGCUCACCUGAACAAGGCCCGGGAGAUGAGCGACAUUACAGACGGCAAUGACCUAAUGGGUGUGGAUGACACCCUUAGCAACGGAGACAGCUCAAUGACGGAUCUCCAAGGAGACGAACAGACGGCCAGUGACAUUACGCGAGCGUUUGACACCCUGGCCAAGGCCUUGAAUCCUGGUGAUGGCUCAGCGGGAGACUCUCUGGAGGCCACGUUGCAGUUGAUGUCAGGCGACCAGUCAGGCCCUGUGGUGGAGCUGGAGGGGCCCCUUCUCUCAGACAGCCACGUCCCCUUCAAGUUGAUGAUGCCUUUGCCCAUGCCUGAGUACCUAAACGUGAACUACAUCUGUGAGUCGGCCUCAAGACUCCUCUUCCUGUCCAUGCACUGGGCGCGCUCCAUACCUGCAUUUCAAGCCUUGGGUGGUCUCGAUAAUGACAUUAACCUGAUGAAGGCUUGUUGGAACGAGUUGUUUGCUCUGGGCCUGGCUCAGUGCGCCAACGUUAUGAAUGUCGCCACCAUCCUGGCUGCCAUCAUCAACCACCUGCAAACCAGCCUACAAGAAGAGAAGCUGUCCCCAGAGCGAGUGAAGCUGGUGAUGGAACACAUCUGGAGGAUGCAGGAGUUCUGUAACAGCAUGGCCAAACUGUCCCCUGACUCGUAUGAAUACGCCUACCUCAAAGCCAUCGUCCUCUUUAGCCCUGACCACCCAGGCAUUGACAACACCUUACAGAUCGAGCGGUUCCAGGAGAAGGCUUACAUGGAGCUACAGGACUAUGUUACCAGGACCUACCCAGAAGACUCCUAUCGGUUAUCCAAGCUGCUGCUGCGUCUCCCGGCCCUGCGGCUGAUGAGUGCAGCGGUGACAGAGGAGCUGUUCUUCGCUGGCCUCAUCGGCAACGUGCAGAUAGACAGCAUCAUCCCGUACAUCCUCAAGAUGGAGUCCACCGACUACAACAGCCAGGUGGCCACUGGAGUCUGACCUUUUGACCUGACCCACUCCGACCUGGUCGCCACAGCAACCUAGAAGCGUCUCCUGGUCACCAUGGCAACUUUACCUGCAGGCCAACUGUAGGGCUGUAGGCGAGCUUCCAAGGUAAAAAUGCAGGGUCGUGUUCAUUAGGGCACACCAUUAGCAAAAAAAAAAAACAUCUGUGGGAAGUUCAGAUCGUGCCUCCAUGUUUUCUUUUUUUUCCCGCUCCAUUUUGGACGGUUUUCUUUCCGUUUCGUACCUACUGAACACAACCCAGGUUGGCUGCAUUGCUGUGUGUCCACCUCCCUAAACAGAAUCUGAAGGUUUUCUCAAUGGAAUCGGAUGACCUUCAAUGCUGAAACAAUCCUCUUCUUUGACAACCUGAUUAUAGCUCAAGCAGGAAGACUGUAGUCCACACACACACACACACACACACACACACACACACACACACAC